AGUUUGCCAGAUCCGGGCCGGUGCCUGGGUUCCAAGGGGACACGCUGCUUCUGGCCUUCAUCGACUUGAGACAACUGCUGGAUCUCUUUCUCCAGUGGGACUGGUCGACGUACCUGGCUGACUACGGGCAGCCCACCUGCAAGUACCUUCGGGUGAAUCCGACGACCGCGCUGGCUUUACUGGAAAAGAUGAAGGACACCAGCCGGAAGAACAACGUCUUCGCCCAGUUCCGGAAGAACGAGAGGGACAAGCAGAAGCUGAUCGAGGCCGUGGCCAAGCAGCUCCGUAGCCUCAUCAGCACCAGCCACCACUCCUGAGGGGCCACGGGACGCGUGGCGGCCCUGGGUGGGUGGAGAGGGGGGGAAUGGCAGGGCGCGGGGCCUGUGCCCGGAUACCGUGAGGAGGGGGCGGAGCGGCUUCCGGCAACCAGCAUGGCUGCCGAAGGAUCACUACGAUGCAGCGUGCAGGACUGCUCCGUGGUACCUCCUCCCCUCUGGAGGAGCCUGGCUCUCUUGGGGAAGACUACUCCUGGAGCUGGAAGCUCAGAGCCCCAGAGAGCCUUCCAGGAAGGCCAAGGCCAGGGAUCGGUCAGCACUUCCAGGUUCCUCGACACACCUUGGCAAUGAAGCACUAAUGCAGGGGGAAGUCCAACCUUGGCCACCUUGGAAGACUUCCGGACUUCAGUUCCCAGAAUUCCCCAGUCAGCAUGGCUGGCUGGGGAAUUCUGGGAAUUGAAGUCCAUUAGUCUUAAGGGGGACCAAAGUUGGACACUCCUGGUUUAAAGGGAACAAUUGACACUUUCAAAGGGAAACAUUUACAAACCCCCCCCCCCCCCCCCCGGGGGGGGGGCCCCGGCCCCCCGUUUCAGCCCCCACUUUGUCUCCUUUCCGGAAAGACGGCCUUCUUCUCUUGCUCCUUUGGCCACAUUUGAAACACAAUCUGCUCUCUCUCUCUCUCUUUUUUAAUGGCCACCCUGUUCCUUAGCGAUCCAUUUUUUACAAAUCCGAUUUCUCAGCCUUUGAGCAGCUCCGCUCAGCUUUUCUGUAGGAAGCCAGGAUGGGGAAGCAUUUUCCUCUUGUGGACAAAGGGAAUAGGAGCUCUUUCCAAAUAAACUCGUUGGAAAAAUGAGAUCUUUGUUUUAAAAACUCCCCAAACCCCCAAUUUUUAAUGGAAAGAAUGGGACUCGCCUAAGAGGUUUCUGUUGUUGGGGCCUGAGGUUUUGCCCGACGUCAUUGGGUCCAAAAAAGUUCAGGAGGGUGGACAGCCUAUGCAAUGGAAGCCCCCCUCUUUUAAAGCAGGGGUCCCCAAACUUGGCAACUUGUGGACUUCAACUCCCAGAAUUCUCCAGUCAGCGUAGCUUACUCUCUUGUAAUCCCCUUUUCUGCAAUCUCUCCCCUUUGGGAGGUUAAGAGAAAAAAGAAACAGACACGGCUGACUGGAGAAUUCUGGGAGUUGAAGUCCACAAGUCUUAAAAGUUGCCAAGUUUGGGGACCCCUGUUUUAAAGGGAGAGCUGCUGGCCUCUUGGCUUUUUCCGAUUCUCCCAGACCCAGAGACAUCACGGCUUCCCCUCCUCCUGGCUGCUUUUGUGCCAAGAACCCCAUUUGGAAUGGGGAGGAGUGUUACAUCCUUGUACGUGACUUUUCAGCUUCCCUCAAGCCCAAGCAGCAGGGCAGCCGCCCCCUCCUGCAAAGCACUUGCCCACAGACCACCCAGAGACCCCAAAUGUGGGCAUUUGUGGCCAGGGAAGACGGUGUCCAGAUCUGCUGGCCAUCUCAGACCUUCCUUGUUGGCUCCUCCAUGUUGCCCUUGGCUUCAGUGACAUUUGAGGUGUGGGGGUAGAUGGAAUAGCUCGGGGGUCUCCAAACACGGCCACUUUAAGACUGGUGGACUUCAAUUCCCGGAAUUCCCCAGCCAAAUCUUGAAAAUGGCCGUGUUUGGAGACCCCCACUCAGAAUAGCGCAUAACAGGCGGCCAAGACCACUUCUUAGAUGUCAGGGCGAAGGUCUUCCUCAAUUUGGCAGUCCAGCUCAUUGGCUGCAGAAGGGCUGACCCUGGCCGGUCAGACAAGUGCCUUCCAAGGAGUCUCAGCACAAGCCCACUUCUGGCUGGAAUGGCCAUGGACCAAGCCAACCCAGGUGGCACCCUAGCUGACCAAGGAGCCUCCGCCAUCUUGCCUUCGGCCAAGGAGCCUCCGCCAUCUUGUCUUCACUGCCGAGCAAGUGGAGAUGGCCCCACCGCUUUGCGCAGGUCCUGAGAUGGAGACUUUGAGGCCAGUGUCCCAAUCUCCACUAAAGAUGGAGAGGAGAGAAAGCCCCUCGGCCCUGUUGGGUUGGAUGAGUUCCUCAGGCCUUCUUGAGUUCCUCACCCACUGCCUUGUUUCCUUCCUUCCGGUUGCCGUUCCUCUGCUGUGCUGGGCCUUUGAGGGUCUUGUCUGGGAGUGAGGAACACAGCUGGGCAUCUUCUACGUGAGGCUUUCUCCUAGCCCUGAGGGCAUGGAGUUCCUUCUUCUCUUUAACUCUGGCCACAUGGCCGGCUGUCCACUAGAGGGUCUAUAAAGUCCAGCUUCAUGCCGAGGCCACACAAAGCUCCCCAGUGCCUCCAAGACCAGCCCCAAAGUCUUCCCACCCUUGGUCCAGCUGGAGCUGCCCAAGGCCUCUUUUGACCGCCCUGGAGGGACCUGGUCAUCUUCUUUCUUUCCUUCAAAGCCAACCUGCCUUGUGGGAUACCUGGCCCCCUGAGGAGGCAGAUCUCACCAUGGAGAGGGGCUGGGACCCACCUCCGAACAUCGGCUGGCCUGCUGGUUGCAGGCAAGGAGAGCAGGACUGCACGGCCUCAGGACGAAGGCCGGGGUGGGGUGGGGUGGGUGUGGGCCUUGGCCAAAGCUGCCCUCCCCUCAAGGGACCCCGUUCAAAACCCAGCCUGGCCUCUGGGCCCAAAGACCACUACUCCCUCCGCCCAGUUUGCCUUAUCCAGAGAAGGACAAGGGGCUUCACCUGGAUCUUGUCCAGUUCAGCAGUGCCCCAGGGGUCUCCCUGCCCCUGGGGGAAAGAGAGGCUGAUUUCUCUCUGCAGCAGCCCAAACAAGCCCACCCUGGCCCCAACCCACAGAACCAGCCUCCUGGCACCUGGGAGAGCGGCUCCCGCUGAGGUCGCCCCUUUUGGAGAGGGUCAAGCUCUUUGGAUGGAGGAAGCGGGGGGGGGGGUGAUCAGGUUGGCCAUCAGUGGCUUGUUUUGGGCUGGGCCCUGCCAUUUCCUGCCGGUUGUAAGAAAACUCCCGGCUUGUGGUGCCUCUUCCUCUCCUUAACCAGAUACGAACCCCCAGAUCUUUUAGGGUUGCUCCUUGGGAAGGGUCUGCUCCCUGGAAGGGCUCUCUCUCCCACUCCUCUCUACGAAGACGUGCCCGUCCAUUCCCCACCCUUCUGGGCCUCGGAGUUCAGAGCCAGGAUUCGAGUAGUUUGGCACUUGGUUGAAUACCCAUGGGGGGGGGGGAUCUCCAGUCUUGGCAGCUUUAAGACCUGUAGGCUUCAACGCCCAGAAUUCCUCAGUCAGCCAUGCACCGUAAAGUUGCCACAGAUGGAGAGCCCCGGCCCAAAGAGGAAGGGUCUCCACUGGGUUCUUUCUUGUGGCUGAAUUCUCAAAAUCACCAUUUAUCUCCACCAUCGUAGGACACCAUCGAGCAGUGGUGGUGUGCUACCGGUUCGGCCCGGUUCUCCUGAGCCGGUAGCGCCGAUGAGCAGCGGAGACCGAACCGCUUCUCUCCGCCGUUCUGCUGUUGGGCUCCCUCACCCGCCCACCCAUUUGGGCUCCCACACUCACCUUGAUCCUCUGCUUUUGAAGCGCAGCUGUUUUGCGCGGCACAGCAAUUGCCGCGCGGCAACUGCUGAAGCGACCGGGAGAGUGCAGGCUUGCAGGAGAUGAGUUGGAACGCCUCUGCCCCUGCGUGAAGUGUGUGUUUGGCGCACGCGUGCAAUAAAGUAUGUGCACGCACGCACGCAAAGCACGCCCACCAAGCCACGCCCACCGAACCGAUGGCAAAAGGUUUGGAAUCCCACCACUGAGUAUAUGAGGCUAUUAGUGUCUGACUUUUUUUAAAAUUUCAGUCAUUUUGGAGAGGGGAGCAAUCCCACCAGUCCGUUGGGAGGGAGAGGGGCUCGGGGCUCCAACUUCAGGCGGGGUCUGGCAGCCCUCCAGGAGUUGCCCAACGAGACUCUUCUUGCACAAGGAGGAUUCAUGGCCGUCCGCCAGCCGUUUUUGCCAGAGUUGCAAACCCUUUUCCCCCCGCUUCUUUUUUCUCUUCUGAGUAGUUUUCUCAACCUUUUUGAGGUGCCCUGGAAUCAAAUUUACAAGCUACCUUUUGAACCGGUGGCCAAGGAGGUGGCUGCAGUGGCUGAACUGGCCACCAACUGGGAAAGCAUUUGAAAAGCGGACCCUUUGGAUUCAGCCACAACGUCCUGCGACAUCCCAGCUUCUCAAGGGGUCCUUUAUGAGUUGCUUAUGCACACAACGUAUGUCUGUGCACACAUCCACACACACACACACAUGUGGGCUUUUCCAGAUAGCUAUUUGGGGUGGCUGUUUCUGAAACUAAGGUGGGAAAUAGAGGCGGUGGUUUCUUCUUCUUUUUUCUUUGCACAAGCUGUUGCACAAAG